AUGCAGCUCCUUAUCAGAUGUAACGGGAGGAUUUUCCUGGCUAUUUGUUUAAUCCUCUUUGUGGGAUACACAGCACAAGGUGUCCCCAUGCUGAAGGCACACUACAGGAGACUGAGGUGCCGGCCCAACGCCUGGUCUGCCAACUGCAUCGAAGAGCCGGGGCCCAUGUUUUACAUGCCCACUGGUGGAGCCAACAGGAUCCUUCCUCCCAUGGCAGACCCGUCCCUGGUGAAGCGAUAUCAAGACCUGAGUGACACAUUCCCUCUUUUUUUGCGCGAGCCCGGGGUGGAGGCGGACCCAGCCUCUGGGUCGGGGCUCGGUGACGGCAACAGCCUCCUGGAGGCGAAGCUGCCCGCGUUCCUGGCGGGCCCGCGGGGCGGCCAGCUGAAGCGAAAGCUAACGGAGGAGGAUCUGCUCCUGUAG